UUGGCCUGGCGGUAAACAAUGAGUCUGGGUGAGACGACGAAAGCUGUCUUUCCGUACUUUUUUGGAACUCUGACGGCAAAAUUGAUCCGUUACCUUCAACGGCACCUUUUCUCGACCCGUGCUCGCCAAGAACCAAACCCAUCCGCGCCCGCGGUAAACCCGUGUCCCCAGGCAGGCCUUUCCAACCCGCAAAUCUUUUCCCCGGAUUUAAGGGAUUCAAUGGGGGCCGACCUAACCGUUCUAACGACACAUCUCCCAGUAGUUGCCAGUCUUCGUUGGGUUGCAAAUCUACAACAUUCGCGACAUCCCCUCUCUUGGCAUGCCACAGUUGUGCUAUUUGUUUUUGACAGCGCAACAGUCGCACCUUCUUGGAUGACACGAAAAGGGGGCCAGGCGGCUGUCUGCUUCCUUAUGCGACUUCAAAGGUUGAAGACAUUUGAGAGAGUAGGGACGAUACGUUCUCCCCGGUCCGCGUCGCACACCACUCGCCUCCAGUAUAGCAAAGUCGGUGUGGCCAAGGUUUGAUAUGGCCCGUUUGUGAUGUUUCGUCGGUAAGACCAAAAGCCGAUUCGAAAAGGGUAGUGUUCCAAUUUUAGGGCUUUCUGAGAGAAGCCACGAUGCGUUGUUGAGUGCCCGAGGGGUCGGUGGGUGGGUGGCUGGUGUCGUUUAGAUCGACGUCCAGACCGGCCACUGAAGAUUCCAAUAUGUCACUCUCACUGUGAUCAACAUCCAACGAUGGCUGACGGUCUGAUUUCGAUGCGCGUGGGGCAGGGUAAUUUUCAACAGGCUCAUUUCUCUUGUCUCAGAGCGUAUGCCCCGAGAUUGCUGACCCUUCCCCGAUGGUUGGGUAGACGCAGAGAUUUGCUUAUUUCGUUCGGGAGACCGAGUGCGCUGGUCUAGCGUUAGGAAAAAGGCUCAAGUACAUCAAUCGGGACUGUCUCUAAGCUCUGCCUGCAGGACAGACCCUUGGCAAGCUGAGGAAAGAGGACACCACACCCCCCCCCCCCCCCCGUACCAUCAAAGUUCGAACAGAGGACUUAGUCUUGGCAGUCACCAGCCCCUAGCGCAUGUGGCAGCGUGGGCAGGGUGAAAGCGCACAACGUUGGGCAACCCAAGGGCGGUGUUGGUGGGACGGGACGGAUGUGCCGAUACUGAA